UCUCGCGGCAUCGCCAGAUAUCAUUUCAUUCCAGCGUCUUCUGCAUCGCAGGAUACUCGUUCAUUACUGCUGAUUUCUCGUUCUUUACUGCUGUCGCUCUUUAGCUGUUGCUGUUUUGCUUGCCGCUGUCUGGCUAGUUGGCCGGCAGACUCCGUCUACUUCCAUAUAUCUACUUGCUACUAGUGAUAGUCUGCCUCGACCACUUACUUCCCACCACACAGCGCAUACCACCCCCAGCUCGAAAUGAUGCGCGGUGCCGCUAGACUUGCUGUUUGACGUCGAGACAGACCGGAACUUCGCCCAGGGACCUGGCAUUGUUGAUAAAUGCCCGUCCUGCCGCUCCUUUAGCCGCCAUCAAUACUGCUCUGUCCGCGGGUUCGGACAGGAGACAUACAGGAACAAAGGGGAAAAGAAGAAGAAAACAAGAAAAGACGGCCAGUCGCAUUGCGCUGGUACUGCUAUAUUUGACAUAUACGUGCGGCUGUGCUGCUACUUCGCUCUUUGCGCCGUUGCUUAUACCACAUAGGUAGCGCUACGACUACUACUACAGAGUUCCCAUCAUGGGCUGUUGCGGGGGCCGCGAUGAGGAGGUCCGGCUCAGAGAGGAGCAGAAAUGGGAUUACAUUAACUUGAAUGACUUUACUACAAAGUCCUGCUGGAUCCCCGUCUCGUACACGAUCCUUUACUUCAACGUCAUGAUCUCCCUGGCCGUCUACGCGCUUGACACCUUCACGGCCGUCAACUUGCUUGCGUUCUCUCGCUGGUCCAGUCAGAUCAAGCCUGCUAUCCCCCUCGACAUCUCUAAGUGGAUAUUCGCCGGGUGCAUCAUUUUCUCCCUCGUGCUGCUCGUCUACCGUUGGCUGCGUGCCAUCAGGGUCAUCAAGUCCGGCGGCAUCGCCCAGUGCUAUCUCGACCCCAUCGCUGUCAAAGUCCAGAGUAUUCGCACCAGCAAGCGUGCCUCCGGAUGGAGACGAUUCCUUGUCUUCGCCGAGUUGACCAAGAGCAGGAAGGGAGCAGAUUACGUUGCCAUCUUUACCUACUUCAACUUCGAGGGUGAGUUUUUCUUUUCGUAGGUUUCCUCCAAAAUAACUCUUCUAUCUAACGGUCUCUAGCAUGGUUGAGAGUCAUCUUUGCUCAGGGACCGCGUCAGGUCAUCAAUGGUAUCACCCUCUACUCUGUAGCACAGCUCAAUCUUAUCCCAAUCGGCGAACAUGCUGCCCCAGAGGGAACUUCGGCAAUCUCCCAGUUCUUCAUCAACAUUGAAGCCCUGGCUGAAAAGGAUAGGCUACAGGCCCUCAUUCUCUUCUCCAUGCUUUUCACCCUCGUUAUCUGGGCCUUUGAGUUUCUCUCUUUCUGUGUCUCUGUACUGCUUUACUUGCUCUUCCUCUGGCACCAUAUCCCGUCAGAGGACGGCACGCUUUCGGCCUACUGCCGUCGCAAGAUCAACAGGCGGCUCGAACGCAUUGUCAAGAAGAAAGUUGACAAGGCUCUCACGAACGCUGUUGUCCUGCAAGAUAGGAAGCGUACCAACACCGAUCUAGAAACCGGAGUGGCCUCUAUCAAACGCAACCCAACCUUGCCCACUCUUCCCUCGGUUAUGGACCUCAAGCAGCCACAGCAACCUAAACUGCCGGAGAUGCCUCCCCUCUCACGCCAGACAACCGUCACUACCUUGCCGCCUUAUAGACCACAGACGUCCAACACUGAUCGACCGCCGCCUCUGCCAGAAGUUGACUGGGAUUCCCACAACUAUGAACAUGAUCAGUACGACAACGAAUAUAAUGACCAUGAUCAUGACCAGCAUGGUGACCAUGUCAUGGCAUCCUCUACCUCAAUGCAUCGGACGCACUACUCAGAUGACGCCUCUGCUUCUCUAGUAAACAACGCUGGUGGUAUUGGGUACUCACCACCAUCGUCGCAAUACGAUUAUCGCCCACCACACCAGCAGCAGCACCACCACCAGCGCGAUCCAAUGCAGCGUGAAUACACGAAGACGCCCAUGCUGCCACCCGUAGAACGAUACGGCACUCCGCUCUCUGUCUCCACUGCACCAGUCUUCAAUGCUCAGGGGCUCGGUCAAGGCCGGCGUACACCAGGACCAAUGACACCGGGACCAGGCCCAUUGACUCCCGGACCGGGGCCUCGCACUCCUGGACCUCUCACCCCGGGACCUAGUUCAAUGGGCCGCCAAACCCCAUCCAGUCACCACCAACAACAGCAACAACAAGCAUGGGAUGCACCAGAAGUGCCCGAUCUACCAGAGCACAGCCCCCAACCAACACUCCCAUCAAUAUCUCGCCCUGGAACUGCCUUUGCUCCUCCACCAUCCGUAUCUACGCCUGCGCCAUCAUUUAACCGUGACCGAGAACGUGAAAGAUACGGGCUAUACGAUGGCCCACAAAUGUCUUCCCUCCCACAAAUACCGUCCGCCCCUACGCCAACGCCAAGUGCACCUCCUACGCAUGGUAACGGGGCACCGUAUAGAAAUUUUGCCCGGCCGUCGCUAGCUCCUUACUCUGCUCCAGGGGGGCAAGACAUACCACCACGAUCAGAAACCGCACCCUUACCAUCGCAAGGCCAGUACAGUCAUAGCCAAGUAGGCUACAGUCAAACUGGUAGUCAGGGUCAUGGGCAGCAGCCAGAUCUACGGCAGGAACCUCAGUUACCCCAGAUACAACCACCAAAUGGCACACAAAAUGGGUCAUACCCUUCCGUUAACCCAUAA